AUGCUGUCUCACCUGGCCCCCAACGGUAUGUUCUGGAUGCUGCUCUCCUGCCUGCUGUUUGUAUUUCAAGUACAAGGUGAUGAUUCCCAGGAAGUGCCUUUUCCACGUACCAGCUGCCCAAUGGGCUCCAAGGCUUAUCACUCCCAUUGCUAUGCCUUGGUUAUGACACCCAAAUCCUGGUUCCAAGCAGAUCUGGCCUGCCAAAAGAGACCCUCAGGACACCUUGUGUCUAUUCUUAGUGGAGGUGAGGCUUCCUUUGUGUCCUUCAUGGUGAACGGUAGAGUGAACAACUUCCAAGACAUCUGGAUUGGGCUCCAUGAUCCAACAAUGGGUCAACAGCCCAAUGGAGGUGGAUGGGAGUGGAGUAACUCUGAUGUGCUGAAUUAUCUUAACUGGGAUGGGAAUCCUUCCUCUACUGUCAACCAUGGUCACUGUGGGAGUCUGACAGCAACCUCGGGGUUUCUGAAGUGGGGAGACUAUCACUGUGAUGGGUAA